GCGGCAUUUACAAAAUUUCUCUUUCGCGAGUUUCACAUUUGUUUUCUAACUCUUGUUAGACAUAAAAUUAUGUAAUAGUCACUAUUUUAGGAGCACACUGGGCGAUCAUGGAAAUCCGUGUGAUUAUUUUAAUGAUAUUUUGCAUCACUUUUUUAAUUUUUUCUGAAGGUCGAAAGAUUUCACAAAGGAAAAAGAAUCUUGGUCGAUUGUUGGCAAAUAGCUCUUUGACACUUCAAGAAAAUUCCCCUUCUAAACCAAAAAAUAAAACAGGGGUGUUUACUUCAUGGUCAACUUGGUCACGAUGUUCCAGAAAGUGCAGACAGGCGAGAACUCGAAGAUGCAGAAUUCCAUCAGAAUGUGGGACAAACCUACUACGGGAAGAGAGGGCAUGUUUUAAAAACAGGUGCACAGAAUGGCAAAAUGCAGAAAAAUCUGAAAUUUUAGAUAAAACUCCAAGCCUACAAAAGGAAUCUAAUAUACAAGAGUUCAGAAUUUUGUAUCAUCUGCAGCAGCCUGGUCCUUAUUCAGAAUGGUCAGCCUGGUCACAUUGUUCAAGAAGUUGUGUCACAUACAGAACGAAGAUCUGCAGGGUGUCAGAAAUUUGUGGUGAAAAAGUUCAUCAACAAAGUGCGCUCUGUUACAUAGAGGAUUCGCCUUGCGAAAAGCUGUAUAGUACGCAACGUAAAAGGAAGAAGUCUCAUGAUAUGGGUAAGUGA